UGUAAUUGUCAAAAUUGCAUUUGUCAAAUUAGAUUUCAUAUUGUCUUACGAAUAAAAUUUUGAUAAAAAAUAUUUAUUUCAAUACUUAUCAUUUGGAAAAUCAAGUUAAUUUGCCUAGGCUAAGGAUACGAAUAGUUAAAUAAGAAAUUAUAGUGAAUACAAUUUUUUUUUCGAUGUUUGAACACUAAGUAGAAUGUACUAAAAUAGUUUAAGUUUACCUUUCAGAUAAAAUAAUAGAUUAAUGACAAAGUUGAUGAUUAUCAAAUAAUCACACAGCGUUAUCACAUGCAAUGUACUCUGUGGAAAGGGGUACUAUUUUUUAUUGAACAGAGUUAGCAGCUUAACAGACCUUUAAAAUGGAAUUUACACCAACUUUAAACAAAAUCAAGUUAUUAUUCCAAAAACUUCAAGAACCAAAUUAUGUUAUGAAUAAUUAUUAUGUUGAUGCCUUCCUCAACAAGUUUCAUGAGAGGACAGAUCCAGAAAUAAAACAGCUCUCCUCAAUGCCUUUGCUGUCAGAUUUAUUGGCUGAUGCAUUAGGCCGUUCAGAAAUGCAUCACAUCACUGUCAAGGUAUUCCUUGUGAGAUUAUUGGCUAAAGGUUCUUAUCAGGAGCUCCAUUUCUCUAAAAUGUUUUCACAGCAAGGCCACAUAAUUGCUAAAGGUUUUAAAGAGAUCCAAUCAUCGACUAUGAAUCCAAGCCUUCGUGUAGCAUACUUGGAAGUAGCCCUAUCACUGGUUACUCAUAAUUCUGGAAUUUGUUGGCUUCUAGAAACAGGUGUUUGGAAGGAAAUACUUUCAUUGUGCAAUGAAAGAAGAACUGUUUUUGUUGUACGUUUUAUGCAUAAAUUUGCUGCAAAGUUUCUUUGGAAACUAAAUGAUUUGGGUGAUGCAGCUAAUUUAAAUCAAGUGAUAAGCUUUCUCCUUAAACCUAUGGAAGAACUUGACCUUAUUAAUCCAGAAUCUGUAACGAGAGAACAAGAAAAAGUGAUUUGUAAAGUGAUAGAUCCUAUUUUACAGAUACUGUUAGCUAUUUUUGCUGAAGAAAAUCGUAUAUCAAAUCGCAAUAUAUUAAUGAAAAUGUUUGAGACAGAAUAUUAUCUUUCCAAAUACAUGUCGAUCUAUUUCGAUAGAAUACGCAAUGAGGAGACCUCACUUAUGUUAAUAAGACUAAUAUUUUGGUGUAUGCUAGCAAAAAUAUUUUCAUCAAAGCCUUUAGAGGAAGGUGUGAUUUAUAACAAAGAAGAUUUCCUAGAGCUUACUGUUAUGUACUAUAAUACUUUACAGUUCCUAAUAAAAAGACGAAAUGCGAAGAUUGUACUAGAUUAUUGUACUGCAUGUAAUGUAAUCUGGUGUUCUACGUGGCAGAAUCAUAAAUAUGUGUGGCAGAGUGAUGUUUUGAAAACAGAGUUACAGAAUCAGAUGUUAGUUAUGUCUGUAACACCUCUUUUGGUGUAUAUAUCGUUGGGAAGGAAUAUUUCAGAUAUGAUGUUGAAUGAGAGAUUUAACACUUAUGUCGCAACCCUUUUGAAUACCUCCAAUGAACAUACAGCCAGAGCUGCAUAUGCCUUUAGAGAACUAAUUGAAGAUAUGGACACUAUUAAUAUAGUUACUCAAACUGCAAAGAGAUUGACAUGUUUAAAAAAUCAUUUGAAUGAUGAUCAAGCUAACAUAAUGUUUCAAGCUUUGUUCUUUGUUCUAAAAGACUAUGAUCCCACAGAUAAUGCAGGCGAAUUAAAGAAGGAGGAGUGUUAUGGAGAGAACCAAGAGAGAGUCGUAAUAAUGACUUACAUUAUGGAAGCAGUACUGUUUUUAGUAAAACAUUACAGUAUAAACUGGCAUGAAUCAUUAGAAAUAAUAUGUUUGUACACAAUUGUUAACAAUAUUCUGAAAAGGCCAAACUUGCCCCCUAAGUUUGUUGUUACAGCAUUAAACAUAUUGACGCUAACUGUGAGAAAGUUUCUGCCACCCAACCUUUCUUUGCUUAUGGAAUCGAAGCCAGGCUCGUCAAUACAUGAUAUUGGGCAGCUAAUUUAUACCAAGAUGCAUGACUUACAUUGGGAAGUGCGAGAUUCAGCGUUGGAACUUUUGUUCGUGUGUACUGACUUUGCCUACAUUAAGUUUCCUCCAUUCCAAAAGCAGAUUAACGAUUCCAAUCUUAUAAAUGUAGCCGCAACAAUCGCUCUGAAUGAUUACGAAUGGUACGUCCAGGCGACAGCUCUCAAGUGUAUAGGGGCCGCUGCUAAGAUACCCAUUUUGUGGGAUCAGCUUACAUCGCAAUACCCGAACAUACAGGAACAACUUCUUACAAUAUUGAGGACCAAUUCAGAGGGUGUAGUACGAAAAGAAGCGUGCAAUGUACUUUGUGAAAUAUACCAACAUAUUAAAAUAUCAUCUAACUUCAAACAGACGUUAUACGAAUUUAUGGUGUCAGCAGCCCUCAGCGACUUUCACUGGGAAGUGCAAAUCAGUGCUUUGAAAUUCUGGAAAAUGGUGAUACAAACCCUACUGAGUGAGCAGGGAAUGCUCGACGGUACAUUCCCACCAGUUACAUUCUCGAGAGAAACACGUAAGAUCGUCACUUUAAAUGAAGCUGAAAUACAAAAGAGGUUGUUCAGAGUGCUAGACGAACUUUCCUACAUAGGUUGCCUGACCGUCUUGGUCAAGCUGCUAAACGAAGAUUCGGAAAUUGAAAUAAUGGAGUUAUCACUAACAAACUCGGUUGAACUUUUGGAAAUUUUGAAUAAACACAAAGUACCUGAUCUGUUAAAACCUAGUGAUGGUGAUCCCUUCAAUGUGGACGAGCUGAUGUGUCACAUUCAAGUGCCGGAAGAUGAGGAUAUAACUGAAGAUAUGGCUGAUCCCGAGACGACAAUGCGAGCAGACAAUGUCAUAGACACUAUUAUUCAAGUGGACGACAUUAGUUUACUAGCGAAUAUUUAUGAAAGAUACAUGAAUUUGCAGAGCAAACCCGCUAUGCCGGGCAGGCCGAAAAUAAAGUUGUUGAAGUCGGCAUCGCCACAUUUAUUCGUGACAUUCCUUAACAGCAAAGACUUCAAAGGCAUCCUUGAGCAAAAGAAGAAAUGGAAGGAUGGUAUUAGAAGUCUCUCGUCGUUAUUAGACGAUAUUCUCGGGAUUUAUGAAACCAGCGAGGAUGUUAAUACUUUGGAUUGUUAUUGAGAAUGUAUGUUGUGUGAAUACAUUUUGAAUGUAGUUUUAUAGAGAUUAUUAAUUAUAUUUUGUUCACAA